AUGCAAUCACUAAACAAGCUCAUGAUAUCUCAUCUUCAUCAAACAUGGCAAAAUAUUUUCACCAAAGGAAUUUCCGUGGUCAAACCAGAACCAGAACAUAUGUCAUAUCUUGUUGAGCCAGCUUUACGACUUGCUGAAUAUCUUUCUCAAUGUCCUGAGUCAGCAAUGCCAGCUUCUUGUCCACCAAACCGACCAAAAUGCAAACCAUGUGUUGCUUCAUCUCCUAUGAAAAUUAGUACUCCUGCUUUCUAUCGCAAUACUUCCGGUCUUUAUACCAUCGGAACUGUUCCCCAUCCUUACACGAUGUCUACACUGACUAGCUUUCGAGAAAAUAUCGAUGUCCCAUGGAUUAGACGAGAGUCUCCUCGUGAUCCUUGGCUCUCAAGACUUACCCAAGAACUUCUUGGUACAGGCGUUUCUGGUACUCCACGUAUCAUAAAAUUCAAAGAAGCAGUCGCAAGUCCUCAUGGAACAUCCCAUUCUCUCUGGCUCACGGCCGAAAAAGAAGUCCCAUCGGAUUUAGACUGGUAUUUUGGCUUCACCAUCCCGCGUAACGCUACUGAUACAGGAAAAUCCGAAACUCCAGUCCCAGGUCCAGAACGUAGACCAAAACCAGUUCAUGAUUCACAAGAUGGACCAAUCCCAACAGAAGAUGAUAAAAAGAAGGAGGAGUCUCUAUUGGAAAAAGCAAAAAUGUUUGGUGGUAGUAAAAAUCCUGGAGAUUUAAAAAUUAGGGGAGCGGUUGAAGCAUGGAAUUUAGCCGAUACAGAAGCGUGGAGAUUUGCUAGGGCAUAUUUGGCGAGAUCGAGAGUUGAGAGGUUGAAGUGGGAGGAGGAGGAAAAGAAAUAUGCUGGUGGUGCAGGAGCUGAGAGAGGAAGGGAAUCAGGAUGGGGAAGAUGGUUUGAUGAUAAAUAA